CUCACUUGGUCUUUGAGCGAGUGCUUGCGUGAUUGCUUUUAGCGUAGGUCCUCGCCGGGGUGCAACUAAUACUCAUCAUUUUUCAACAUCUGUCGCCAAAAGCAUACGCCCUACCUCGUCCAGCAGCUCUGCACUUACGCCAUAAGAAAGUCUUCAAACUCACCCAACGGAUCAUGGAGCGGCGGCUGGCGCUGCUAGACGAGUUCUGCGACCGGUCGGAGGCUUUAUCAAAUGCAAAAGUGUCUGGGUCUGGAACAAUGCAACUUGUCAUGCUAAAUCUGAAUCACGUGAAAAUCUGUGUUGCAUGAUUGCCAAAAGCUGUCCACUUUUGACUCAAUCGAGAGGCAGUUUCUCAUGCGGGAUAGGCAUGAUAGAACUCUCACAGAAUCUGUCAUGCUAUGUCCUACAAACCAGACCUCAUGGGUCAUGGAAAACCUGCGGGAGAAGUCUGGCAUUCUUCCAGACCCAGACAUUUUUGCAGUUGAUGGCCUUUGGUGUUUAACCAAGAUGUGGCCGCCCCCGGUCCGCGCGCUUCGGACAACUCGGAGGACAGCAAUUCGUCCGAUGGGGACGAUCGUGAUUCCGCAGAUCAUCAUGAUGAAAAACAACAACUACUAUCGAGCCCGGCUUGCGGCGGUUCGCGCGAAGAGAUGAACAUCACGACCGGUAAAGACAAAAAGAACAAAGCAAAAACUACUUCGUCCAGUUCGAAAAAAGACUCCCCGGCGCGGUUGCUCUUCUGGUCGAUUGGAGUGUUGACCGAUUCCAAGACCGUGGAAUGGAGUUUGUUUUCUUUGCUCGUCGAUCGGCUGGAGAGGAAGCUGAAACAGCUGAAGGCGUUCGGACCGCCAGCGGAGAAGGUCGCGGCCGCCGAGGUAGGCGGUGGCGUCGGCGGGAGUAGCAGUAGCAGCAGUAGUAGUAGUGGUAGUAGUAACCGCACCAGCAGAAUCGGCUCCAAAGAGCAGUUGCCGAGCAGCACCGGAUAUCGCAAGUGCUCUUGUUCUUGACAUCACCACCAGCUGUUGCUGUUACGUCGCCAAGUUGUUGUUUAUCUCGUGCAUACCUACUUACAGAGGCACUGGCACAAGGUCUUUGUGACAUUUUGUAUUGCUGCCCCUACUACGUACACCAGCGUGUCGUGGCCGCACGAAGUCGACGCAUUGUGAAUUUGCGAAGAAAAAUGCUGGUCGUGUAAAUGUCUUUCCAUAGGAUCUCUUUGAUGAAGCCGAGGACCUGUAUGCGGAAGAGCAGAGAAUCAUGGAAAAGUUGGAGAAAGUGCGGAAGCUGAAACGAUAUAAAAUGCAAAAAUGUCUGGGUCUGGAAGAAUCCAAGGUUUGUCAUGCUCUGCUAGCAUGACUCCAAAGGCUGUCAUGCACAUUACCCAAAAGCCCCAUUUUUCUGUCAUGCAGAAACGCGAUUUGUCAUGCAGAAGACACACAAUAGGCACUCAGAAACUUGUCAUGCUGAGCUGCAAAUUGAGGCGUCAUCAUGAUUGUCCUACCCGCAUCACAAGUUUCCAGACCCAGACAUAUUUGCAAUGCAUAAACGAGAAUUGCUGGCAAAAAUGAAGCAGCGGGACGUGUUCCGGGACGUGAAAACGCUGUUCAACUGCGUCUACAUGCACGUAUAUUAAUGAUUUUGAUUUAUUUUCGUUUUCGGGAUGAAAAAACGUCCACCGGUGCGCACGCACCAGCAGGCGCAAUUCAGUCUUGAGUGGUGCGGCUGCUGCGCUCUUUAAGUCUUUUUGGUCUAUUAAGGCUUUCGGGCCUCAUCUUAAGUCUUUCGGGCCUCAUCUUAAGCCUUUCGGGCCUCAUCUUAAGUCUUUCGGGCUUCGUAAGUCUUUCGGGUCCGUUAAGUCUUUCGGGCUUCGUAAAUCUUUCGGGUCCCUUAAGGCUUUCGGGUCUGUUAAGUCUUUCGGGUCCGUUAAGCCUUUCGGGUCCGUUAAGUCUUUCGGGCUUCUUAAGUCGUUCGGCUUCGCUUUCAGCCGCUCGUGCUUUGUCUUAAGUCGUUCGGCUUUUUCUUAAGUCGUUCGGCUUCUUAAAUAGUGCGGCUUCUCAAAUAGUGCGGCUUCUUAAGUAGUGCGCCUCCUUAAUUCGUUCGGCUUCCUAAGUAGUGCGGCUUCUUAACUAGUGCGCCUUCUUAACUAGUGGGCCUUCUUAACUAGUGCGCCUUCUUAACUAGUGCGCCUUCUUAACUAGUGCGCCUUCUUAAGUCGUUCGGCUUCUUACGUCGUUCGGCUGCACCUUAAGUCGUUCGGCUUCUUGAUGAGGCGCCCACAACGACUGCAGCCUUUGCUACCUCCAGUACGGAGGGUCCAUUUUGGCACCAUUUUUAGCAUUUGUGAAAAACGAAAAACAGCUCCUGGUCCUUCUCGACGAGGAAUCUUCUGGGACAAUUCCCAGCACGGAGAUCAUAGCGCGGCAAACCAGCCGCGUCAACGACGAGGAUGAUAAACAUGCCACCGCUACUCUGCUACACAAGUCCAUUCGGCAAUUGUUCGACUUUCUCUUGCAGAUUUGGACGGACACCGCGAAGUACCCCAUGCUGCCGUUGCGGAAAAUUUGUUUGGCGACGACGAAAGUUCUGGAGGUCAUGGAGAGGGGGAUAAGGCUAAGCAGGAUAACAAGCAUGGCGGGUGAUCAGCGAACUUCUCCACCUGCCAUCGGAGUACAAGUGGGGACGUCCUCCUCCUCUUCCAGCUCUUUUUAUCGGGAUGAAAAUCGUAAAGACACGGCCACGGGUGAAGAUCAUGUCACCAAUAAUUCAGGACCGCGAAAUUUCUUUUAUCAGCAAGAGCAAUACGAUUUUCAGUCCCUGCAGGCACUUCUUACCCACGAACAGAAGUUAAAAGAAAAGUACCCAAGCGGGAGUAAGCCGCCAAAAGCGAUCCGGGAGGCGCUGGAGAUCAUUGAAAGACAGAAGGCACAACACUUGAACAUAGAACAAAACGGCGUGUGUAGCAGGAAGUUUAACUGCAAAACCGAUGGUGCCGGCGACCGUGCUUGCAAUAGCAGCCUCAGUGGCGCCGGCAUGCCAACAGAAAAGAACAAUGUGAAGCUGUCCUCGUACCAGAUUGGGUUACUACUCCAGAAUCCGGUUACAAGGCAGAGCUUGCUUGAGCAGGAGUGUAGUCAGAAGCAGCUAGUUUCUUCUGCGAAUCGACACAGGGCUGGUACGGCACUGGAUGGCAACGGGCGGCAUGAAGACUACACUGGUUUUACUCCUGCUGCUGCUGGCGCACAGAGCUCCUCUGUUCAACGACCAGAUACCAACCCAGCAUUGAUCCUGCUCCAAUCCUUCGGGCCCACUGACCAGCUCUCCGACUUCUGCAUCUUUCUCCUGCGGUUGCUGCUCACCUCCUGCCAGUCCUACGCAUUGCAAAUAUGUCUGAGUCUGGAAGAAUGCAAGGCUUGUGAUGCACAGGUAGCAUAGCUCUCAAGUCUGUCAUGCGCACCACCCAAAAGUCACAUUUCUCUGUCAUGCAGAAAUGCAGUUUGUCAUGCAGAUAGGCAACACUACAGCAACUCCAAAACUGGUCAUGCUUGGCUGUCAAUGAAGUCGUCCACAUGGUUUGCCAAACAGCAUCACAAGUUUCCAGACCCAGACAUAUUUUCAGUGGAUAAGUCCUCCUCUACCGCGACAUUUUCCGCGGGCGUGGAUUUGAUGCAGGAACUGAACUUCGACAAGGACUACGAAGGAACGAGAAAUAAAACUGCAGAUGACAAAAAGCUCGGUAGCUCGACUAACGGAAGUUCUUUUUCCGCGAACAAUUUAUCCACCUCCCCUAUCAAGGAAGCCAAGGAGAAGCAGCAAAAAGAGAUCGUCGCCUCCGCCUGCGCGAGGUUGCUGUUUUUCCUGCUGGAUAAGUUGGAGAACGACGCGUUUUAUGCAAUGCAAAGGCAUAUGGCACGACUAGUAGUAGUUGCAGUACAAACUUGCUCAGCUUAAAAAAUCGAAUUUGUAAUGCCAGUUGACCUUGGGGAAAUGAUUUGUCUUGCAGGGCUCGGAUUACUAGUACGAGUGCGAUGCUUGUGCAAUGCAUACGGUUGCCUUUUUCAGCAAGGCCAUGUUUGACAGCAACGGAAUUCUGGUUUUGCUGAAAUACUUGAACCAAGAUUUCCUCUCCGCUUUUAACAACAACAGUAGUGGAGCUGGUGCGAUAGGUCCACCUGGGACAUCCAGCGGCUUCAACAGCAUGAGUGGUUUAAUAAAUGCGAACAAUUCAUCAAGGACAUCUUCCGGUGGCGUGUUUCUCCCCACGCCCGGGCAGACAAACCACGGAAGUUGUUCUAUGCAUUGCAAAAGUAAUAUUGCACUCGUACAAAUGCAUUACAAAUUUCCUCAGCGUGAGAGCUGGAAUUUGUCAUGUUGUUUUACCUUAAAGACAACAUUUGUCAUGCAUAAUUGCAAUUAGUACGAGUGCGAUACUUUUGCACAGGAUGGUGUCCUUUGAAAACCCGUUUAUCGCCGACAUUUUCGAAAUGGAAAUGAAGUUUUCAACAGCUGCGGCGGCAUCGCGUACGAACAAGGAGGCUUUUUUUUCUGACAGGACGGAAACGGAAACCACGAGCGAAGACGAAGAGGAGGAGACCACAGCAUCGGGGGCGGAGGAGGUGGAAGCAAAAGCAAAAUCACAACCCGUCGUGUGGGAAGAUGAUAAUACCGAGUCCGAGUUUUUCUCAACUACAGCCGCACUAUUCAUCGAAGACGACCAGGUCGUGCAACAGGACGAGAACAAAGAAGGAACGAAAACCACGAAAAAGAGGAAGAAAAAAUCGGGAUCAAAACCUGUUUCUGCUCUUUCGAAAAAUAACUCAUCCUAUGACGGUCUAUAUCUAUCUCCGCCGAACUGGAGUAAUUUCGCCGCCGAGUACCACAUAUCCUGUGCAAAUAAGUAUCGUACUCGUAUAAAUGCAUUACAAAUUUCCUCUGCGUGAGAAAUUGUGAUGCUGAUUGACCUCAAGAAAAAGAUUUGUAAUGCAUGAUCGCAAUACGAGUACGAUGCUUUUGCAGUGCAUACCACAAAACCCGGCCGAUCCAGACCUGUAAAUGCCUGUUGGACGUGUUGUACCUCCUCUGUGUGGACGAGCCCGAGCGGGUGAAAAAGGUGCUGAUUCACUACAAGGCGCCUUUCAUCCUGAAAAGGUUCAACAACCACAGCUUGACGAAGCAACCGUAUUUGAAGUUAAUGAAGCUACAGUGCCGGGUGUUACCGAGGAAGUGGAAGAGCCAAAAUAUGACGAUCUGUUCGGACAUUUAUUUGAACCACGAUGGGAUGAUGAACCCGAUGGCCGCGCACCAGGAGCUGCCGGGUGGUUCAUCUUCUCAUGCAGGACCACAAGGUGCAGGAUCAACAGGAACACUCUUCUUCAACCGGCAGAACAAGCUGGAGCCACCCUUGGUCGAGGAUUUUUUGUUCGAAGUUCCGGAGGAUGAUAGUUUCGGCGGUUCGGACGGCGAUAUCACUGCGAGCUACAACCGCGAUCUCUUGGAACUCCCCCUGUAUUUCCUCGGGAAACACCGCGGGUUCGGGAUCGAGAAAGCGGUCGCGGACUACUACAGGAUGGACUUUCAGGUCGGUAGCGAUGCUGCUGCGUCGGCGCUAGGGGGGACAGCGAGCGGGGGGAGUUGUGCGGACGUGGAAUUUGAAAUUUCGACGGGAGAUGAAGAUCUUGACGAAAUAAAGUUUAGCGGUGGCGACACUACUGCUUUUGAGGAUGACAAACCCACGACAAUCUGCCAAGAGUUCCAGCGCAUUUUGGACACGAACACCACUCAGUCCUUCCUUGCAAUUGACGUGCAGGAAAAGCUGUGCGCUUUUUCCGCUGCGGAUAGAGUGGUUCCAGUGAAGAACACGGAGGAGGAUGACAUUCCGCGCGAUGAUGCUGCUGAUGAUAAUGAUGAUGAUGACGAAGCUCCUCUUACUGCUGAAAAUGAAGCCGCUCUACGUUAUUUCUCCGAAAACUUCCUGCCUCCCUGCGGCUACAGUGACAUGUUCUCGGAGGAAGAUUUGAGAAGAUUAACGACUAUGCGCAGUAUAGAAGACUUCUGCGAAGACGUCGAGGACGCGUGUUUGACCAAGAAGAAUCCCAGUUUCGUCACAACCACUUCCUCGAUUUGUAGCUCCAAAACCACGUCCCCAGCGCAGGACUCGGAAAGUGAGUACGUGAAUUUGAAGAGCUUUUACGCGAAUGAGAUUGAGGAUCUCCUCGACGCGCACGAAUUGGAUGAUGUGUUUAUCUCGGACGAGAAAGACGCCGCGGAUGAUUUUUUUUUCCCUGAUGACGCGGAUUUUGUGCAUGUGCUGUGAUCAAUUUUUGAAGGUGCGGCUGGCUUUGACAAUAUGAAUGUGACGGAUUUUCGUGAUUUUUGCAUUCUAAGUACUACUUUUGGUGGGGAAAACUUUUUGGAACGCAACAACCAAAUGCAUGUAAAUUACAAAUUUAUAAAAUGGUCACCGGCCCGCCGGGCGAG